ACUGCGCAGGCGCGCGGCCGGCGUGCAGCAUCUCGGGGCUGCGGGCGCGCGGGGCGCGGGGGUUGCGGCCUGCGCUGAGCUCCGGGCCGCCAGUCGCCGCGUCCGAGCCUCGCCCGCUGGGCCGCCUGGCCAUGGAGAAGCCGGUGCUGACGCCGCACGUGUACUGGGCGCAGCGCCACCGCGAGCUGUACCUGCGCGUGGAGCUGAGCGAUGUGCAGAACCCUGCCAUCAGUGUCGAGGAGAACGCCCUGCAUUUCAGAGCUCAGGGCCAUGGCGCCAAGGGCGACAACGUCUAUGAGUUUCACCUGGACUUCUUGGACCCCGUGAAGCCCCAGCCGGCCUACAAGGUGACGCAGAGGCAGGUGAACAUCACCGUGCAGAAGAAGGCCAGCCAGUGGUGGGAGAGGCUCACCAAGCAGGAGAAGCGCCCGCUGUUCUUGGCGCCCGACUUCGACCGCUGGCUGGAUGAAUCCGACGCCGAGUCGGAGCUCAGAGCCAAGGAAGAAGAGCGCCUGAACAGACUGCGGCUGGAACGGGAGGGCUCCCCUGAGUCCAUGGCAAACCUGAGGAAAGGAUACUUGUUCAUGUAUAACCUUGUGCAGUUCCUGGGCUACUCCUGGAUGUUCGUCAACAUGACCGUGCGGUACUUGAUCUUUGGAAAAGAGUCCUUCUAUGACACGUUCCACAGUGUCGCUGACAUGAUGUACUUCUGCCAGAUGCUGUCACUCGUGGAACCCAUCAAUGCUGCCAUCGGGGUCACCAGCUCGCCCCUGCUACCCGCUCUCAUCCAGCUUCUUGGAAGAAACUUCAUUUUGUUUUUCAUCAUUGGCAGCAUGGACGAAAUGCAGAGCAAAGCUGUCGUUUUCUUUGUGUUUUACACAUGGAGCGCCAUUGAAAUUUUCAGGUACCCCUUCUACAUGCUGGCCUGUGUGGACAUGGACUGGAAGGUGCUGACGUGGCUCCGGUACACAGUGUGGAUUCCCUUAUACCCUUUGGGGUGUUUGGCAGAAGCUGUCGCCGUGAUCCAGUCCAUCCCGCUGUUCAACGAGUCUGGGAGGUUCAGCUUCACGUUGCCCUACCCGCUGAGAAUCAGAGUCAGAUUUUCCCUCUUCCUCCAGAUUUAUCUUAUAAUGUUAUUUCUAGGGCUGUACAUAAAUUUCCGUCACCUUCACAAACAACGCAGGCGGCGGUAUGGGCCCAAAAAGAAAAAGAUCCGCUAAUGAGACAGCGCCAGAUGACUUUUUGCCAGUUUGAGCCUAAUCUGUAAUUCUUACGGUUUACCUUCUUGUACUGAUGUAAGUUUUUUUAACGUUCAGUGAGGCUGUCUUCCUUUUGCCUCGGGAACAUUCCUGAAUUUACGGUAUUACCUUAGCGUAGUCCCUGCAUGCCACGGAGUCCUUAUAGCUGAUGGCACCUUCGUUCUUCAUGUUCAUUAGCGACAGACGCGGCGGCAGAAGGCCCAGCCCAGCCACGCCGUGAGGCAGUGCGCUCUGCCCAGAUCCUUACCCUGCUAGGUACAGGCUAGUCUGACAAUUGAGGUUUGUUCCUUCCAGCUUUUGUUUGUGGGAGAAAAAAAAUAAAAUAUAUUACUUUA